AUGAAACUCCCGGUAGGACUGUUCAGUUGGGGUGUUGCUACACAGAGGUCUGGUUCCUCAUUUCAUGACUAUGCGACCAAAGAGGAGGAAAGAGGAAGUGGGAAGCUUUAUGUUCAAGGUUCACAGAAAAGUGAAAGGGCUAAAUUUAAACAAGUCAAAAAGAGGUAGUUGUCAUUUGGUGAACUGAAAUGAGUGUAUAUAGAGAAGGAAAUUAAAUAUCUAUGCUGUGGACUAACUUAAACAGGGUUGACAUGUAAUUUACUCUGCCUAUGGAAGCCUGGCAAAUUUCCAUUGGAUGCUUCGUUGCACCCCUGACAAAACUUCCAAAACUGGAAAGUCAUGGCAGUUAAACUGGUAUAAAACUGAUAGAAGUGUGUGUUUGUGUGUGUAUUAUAUAAUAUAAUAUAAAUAUUAUAUAUAUAUAUUUAUAUAUUUACUUGGAAAAUAAAUACAACCCAGGUGGUUAAAAAAGCCCAACAGGGACUCCAUGUCCUCAGAGUAUUGAGAAAGAACGAUGUCAAUCAACAUUUGAUUACAGUGGUGCCCCGCAAGACGAAUGCCUCGCAAGACGAAAAACUCGCUAGACGAAAGGGUUUUUCGGUUUUGCGUUGCUUCGCUAGACGAAUUUCCCUAUGGGCUUGCUUCGCAAGACAAAAACGUCUUGCGCUUUUUUAAAAAAGCUGCUUGAAGAGGCACAGUUGCGAUGGACCGUGCUUCGCAAGACGAAAAACAUUGCAAGACGAAAAGACUCGCGGAACGAAUUCUUUUCGUCUUGCGAGGCACCACUGUAUCUCCUUGUACCGGUCCACAAUAGAAAGUGUCCUUUCACACUGCAUCACGGUGUGCUAUGCUGGUUUGACAUCAAUGGAUAGGAAGUGCCUACAGAGGGUGGUGAAUACAGCACAAGGUAUUAUGGGCUGUCCCGUGAAUCCGCCGGAUGACAUUGCGGAAGAACGUUGCCUCAGGAAAGUAAGGAAAAUUCUCAGGGAUGAUUCACACCCUGGCCGGCACUUUCUUGAUCUCCUGCCCUCAGGCAGAAGGUAUAGAAGCAUGAUUAGUCGCACCCACAGGGUAAAGUACAGCUUCUAUCCGUGGGCUGUUAGGCUGCUGAAUGAAAAGAUAACAACAAGGCAACUGACUUUCGGGUUUGGUGGGUGUGCGUCAGUAAACGAGGGGAAUUAAGACUAAGAGAGAUGAGUGAGGGGUGCUCAUGUAAUCUCACUGUAUACAAGCUGUACAAGUGACAAUAAAGUAUUUAAAUUUCAAUAUAUCCACAUUUGAAAAUUCCAAAAUGCAAUGUUUCUGAGAAAGUGUGUGUUCUUAGGCAACAUUUUGAUCUCCCCGCUGCCUCUCUUUUAUAUAUAUAUAAAGCAGUGUCUUUUACAGAAAGAGUAUCCCAGUCUUCCUGCCACCCAAAUGACGUCUUUUUAAGGAAUAAAUUAAAUGUCCUCUACCUGAGCUACUUGUUUUCCCCAAUAUAAUUAGACAAAGAGGUCUAAUUUCUGACAUUUAUCUUAGUCUUUUUUGUAAAUUUUGCUACUACCACAUAAUCCUAUAAUAACCAAUUCAUUAACUUUGGUACUUGUUAUUGUUUCUAGUAUUUGGCAUUUGAUAAAUGGGCAGCUGUUACCACAUAUAGUGGGCUAGUUCUGCAUGUUCUUUUUUAAUUGCAUCCGUUGUGAAUGUUAAUGAAAAAAAUACUGAGUUAUUAUUAGAUAUUCCAUAUUUUCAUUAUCUGCUUAUUUUCUUCCUUUCUUUUGUGAGAAGGCAAGUCCACUACAGAUGACAGAAAUCUCAAGUUCUUUAACUUAAAAUAGUUAAAACUAUAUAGAUAUCAAUAUAUGACCUCAUAAUUUUAUAGGUUUUUUCCCUAAUAGUCAUGCUUAACAAAACAAAUUUCCUUACUGCCCAAAUAUAUUCUGUUUGGAUUAAAAAAUUCUUCCCUAUAGCCUAUGCCUACUUUACCAUAAACUCCUUAAAACCCAGAAAAAAGAUGUUCCCCAAUGCCUGAUGCUUUUUGAAUUGUAGUUUUUCCUUAAAACAAACUUACAUGUAAAUAUUGUAUUGUGUAUACAUAUGAAUCUUUUGGUGCCUGUAAUCAUGAUAAAAAAUAUGAUUAGAAAAUAACAAUCGUGCCCAUCUACAAGAGGAAAAAUGGAUAUCCCUUACACCCAAUGCAUAAUUGGAACAAUGGAAAUUAAUCAAAAGGGUCAUUCAUUGGUGUUUAAUGGACCUAGUUCACACAGUUUUACGUGCUGUAUUUUUUGACUGAUUAUAAUUAUGAAAUUAUGAAAACCAGCUCGUUAGAAGGGUGCUCAAAACUCCUCCCUGCCUUCCUCUGCACACCUUCCAGCUUGUCAAUAUCCUUAAAUUGUGGUGUCCAAAGUAUUCCAGGUGUGGUUUGACCACAUGUUAAGUUGUGGUCCACUAAGACCCCAAGAUCCUUUUCACAUGUGCUAUUGGCAAACCGUCUUAUAUUUGUGCAGGUGGUUCCCCUUGCCUAAGUUCAGAACCUUGUCCCCACUGAAUUUCAUUCUACUGAGGAAUGGCAGAUGAAGACGAUGGACUUUUCGGAGCUAGCUGACCUGACUGGAAGAGUCCGCGACCAGAAGGAGGAGGAGUACCAGGAGGAAUGGAUAAAAUUCAAAGACUAUUUAGUUAAAUAUGUUAAGAUAACCUAAUUGGAAAAACUUGCAAAUACCAGAUAGGCUUAGGAUUUAAAUAUGUAAUGUUAGAGAAUAAUAUGUUUAAAGUUAAAAUGGAAAGAAAGAAAGGUGUUAAGUGAUUAAGUUAAUUUUAUGAGAAAAUUGGUUUUGGAAAACUGUUACAAUGAUAUACACUGAAACUCAGCCAGGGGGAUCCGAGGAAGUCACUGUUAGGAAGUCACAAUGUUACUAAGAUUGGGUUAAGUACAGUUGAUAUAUGUUUGCUUCUCUAAAAAAUGUUGGAAAAUUAAUUUAAAAAAUUGGGGAAAAAAUGAAUUUCAUUCUACUGUAUUAGUUUGGGCCGAGUUCUCCAAUCUAUUAAGGUCAUGUUGAAUCCUGAUUCUGUCUUUUGCAGCAUUGGCUACCAGUUAGGGGUUUCGUUUCUGUUCCUGUUCUGCAUUCUUUAUUAUGUACUUUUAUGCCGUGAGCCCUAAGAUCCUCCUAUGAAGGGUGGUAUACAAAUUCAAAAAUAAAUGACAAGGCAACCAGUUGACCAUCCAAUACAGACACGGUCGAUGAUGCCAAAAGUGCUGGUGGAGAAAGCCUGCGGCCUUCCUCCAGAUGCUGUUGCGGUCUUGACUAUGCUACCACUCAGUGGAUUUGUAACUGGCUGACUGACCGAACCCAUCAAUGGUUCCUCUUCAUCCUGGAGAAGAGUGACUAGUGGGGUGCCACAGGGUUCUGUCUUGGGCCCGGUCUUAUUCAACAUCUUUAUCAACGACUUGGAUGAUGGACUCAAGGGCAUCCUGAUCAAAUUUGCAGAUGACACCAAACUGGGAGGGGUGGCUAACACCCCAGAGGACAGGAUCACACUUCAAAACGACCUUGACAGAUUAGAGAACUGGGCCAAAACAAACAAGAUGAAUUUUAACAGGGAGAAAUGUAAAGUAUUGCACUUGGGCAAAAAAUGAGAGGCACAAAUACAAGAUGGGUGACACCUGGCUUGAGAGCAGUACAUGUGAAAAGGAUCUAGGAGUCUUGGUUGACCACAAACUUGACAUGAGCCAACAGUGUGACGCGGCAGCUAAAAAAGCCAAUGCAAUUCUGGGCUGCAUCAAUAGGAGUAUAGCAUCUAGAUCAAGGGAAGUAAUAGUGCCACUGUAUUCUGCUCUGGUCAGACCUCACCUGGAGUACUGUGUCCAGUUCUGGGCACCACAGUUCAAGAAGGACACUGACACACUGGAACGUGUCCAGAGGAGGGCAACCAAAAUGGUCAAAGGCCUGGAAACGAUGCCUUAUGAGGAACGGCUAAGGGAGCUGGGCAUGUUUAGCCUGGAGAAGAGGAGGUUAAGGGGUGAUAUGAUAGCCAUGUUCAAAUAUAUAAAAGGAUGUCACAUAGAGGAGGGAGAAAGGUUGUUUUCUGCUGCUCCAGAGAAGCGGACAUGGAGCAAUGGAUCCAAACUACAAGAAAGAAGAUUCCACCUCAACAUCAGGAAGAACAUCCUGACAGUAAGAGCUGUUUGACAGUGGAAUUUGCUGCCAAGGAGUGUGGUGGAGUCUCCUUCUUUGGAGGUCUUUAAGCAGAGGCUUGACAACCAUAUGUCAGGAGUGCUCUGAUGGUGUUUCCUGCUUGGCAGGGGGUUGGACUCGAUGGCCCUUGGGGUCUCUUCCAACUCUAUGAUUCUAUCAGCCCCCGCCGGCCAAGUCCACGCGCAGGGCAUGCUGGGAGUCUGUCAACAUUCGGAGCCCUCAGGCGGCCCCGCCCUGAGGCUGCGUUUUUCCGAAGACAGGCGCCGCCUGCGUCACACAGGCCCUUGUAGGCCCCGCCCACCCCCGGCUGCUGCCAACCAACCGUCUCGCACCCAUCCGCUGAGAGCGACCGUUGGCUGCAUGCACCUGCUCCGCCAAGGCCCCGCCCCCUGACUCGCAGGGCGGAACAGAGGCGCGAGCCCCGCCCACUCCCCUCGGCUGCUCGGGCUGAGGUAAAUCCGCCGCUGCGCGCGCACCUGCCCCUCUCCGCCUCAGAAUCCAGGCCCGCUUCGCCGUUGCUAAGGGAGGCGGCCGCUCGUCGCCUCGCCUCUGCCCGCCCUCUGGAGCGGCCGGGGCGGGGCGGGAGGAGCCGCCCGAGGCGGGGCUUCCUCCGCCAGCCUGACCCUCCCUCCCCACCACGGCCAGGAGCGAGAGCGGCGCGUCCCGGUAAGGAGCCCUCAGCCCCGCGUCCUGCGCGACGCCCGAGUCCCCUCACCGCCUCCAGGCGCCGGCGAGAAGGCCCCUUCGCCCCGCCCGGCCUUCGCGGUCGCUUUAGUGCCCUUGCCUCACCCCCCCCCUCACCCCGCGAUAGCAAAAGUUAAAUUUCACGGGUCACGUCCCUUCUCCCUGUUUCGGUUUCCCUUCCUCUUUCCUGUCGCCAGUGGACCCACCGCCCCCGCCCCAUGUUUAACCUCUCCCGGUGUGGCUCGGCCUCUUGCCUCCCGCCGCCCCCCCUUCCCCCCUUGUCUCCCCUUCCCCCGCGUGGGAAGGGGCUUGGAUGGACCGAUGGGCUGGACUUGUACUCCGCUGUACAUGGGGCUUGUGCCCAAAGCAGAUAACAGGAACCCUUCGAAAUAACAAAGCACUGGAAAUGCAAACACACAAAAUACAGAAUGUGUCGUUAAAUUCCCAGCAUCCCACUGCUUUAAGAAUCUGGGUUUUGUGAGUUGUCGCAAUUAAUGGGGUUGAGGGAAUAAUAGCAGAAUUGCCUCUGUGUCUUGAAUUCAGCCAGCAGACGCUGCGGAAAUUAGUCAUUUGUAACUUGGCUGAGAGAUGUUUUGCUUGCGUUGUCUUCAAGUAGGCUGCUCUCCGGAUGAUGGUUUUUAACUGCCUACAGUGGUGCCCCGCAAGACGAAUGCCUCGCAAGACGGAAAACCCGCUAGACGAAAGGGUUUUCCGUUUUUGAGUUGCUUCGCAGGACGAAUUUCCCUAUGGGCUUGCUUCACAAGCUGAAAAUGUCUUGUGAGUCUUGAGAUUUUUUUUUUGCUCCCCCCCCUUUUUCUAAGCCGCUAAUAGCCUUUUAGCAGCUAAGCCGCUAAGCCUUUAAUAGCCGCUAAACCGCUAAUAGCGCUAAUCCGCUAAGCCGCUAAUAGGGUUGCUUCGCAAGACGAAAAAACCGCUACACGAAGACACUCGCGGAACGGAUUAAUUUCGUCUUGCGAGGCACCACUGUAUUUUAAAACUUUGUAUCAUCCAAACGUGAUUAUCUUGAUGAUUUGGAUCUUUUCUAAGGGCUGUUUGACACAUUGAAUGGAGUGUAGAAACCACCAACCUAGUGCAGAUCACUGAUGAGGAUUCCUGUAUGAAACAUGAGUUUGAUGUGCUCAUACUUUGUGUUUUUGGAUUACAGUGGUACCUCGGGUUAAGAACUUAAUUCGUUCUGGAGGUCCAUUCUCAACCUGAAACUGUUCUUAACCUUUAGCUAAUGGGGCCUCCCGCUGCGCCGUGCGAUUUCUGUUCUCAUCCUGAAGCAAAGUUCUUAACCUGAUGUACCAUUUCUGGGUUAGUGGAGUCUGUAACCUGAAGCAUCUGUAAUCUGAGGUACCACUGUAUGUCUUAAAAUAUAAUUGCAUGAAGUCUUACAAAUGAGGUUGCACUUCAUACUUUACAGAGCCAUCCUGAUCCCCAGCUAGGAAGGUGCGUGGUGAAAUAGGAGAUUGACCUGUGCAUCUGAAGCCCAUGCAUCACUUGCACCAACCAUGGCAGAAAGUGGGGACUGGAUUUAUUUUACAUUGUGCUAUGCUAGCCCCAGGCUGCUGCAGUUGAGGGCCCCCAAGGAUCCAAUGCCACUGGUGCCCCACACCAAAAUACCACAUUUUGAGGCUUUCCUCAGGCUACCAUCAGUGGGAGAACCACUGGUAGUAGCUUCCUGCACACUGGGGGCUUCUGCAGUGGUGCCCUUUACCCCCCUGCUAGGGCAGAGGACAGCAGAAAUUGACAGAGGUCAAUUAUGACGUCACCUCCAUCAUAACCCCCACCAAUAGCAAGAAUUAGGGUUUAGAACUGUUCUGUCAGUCUGCCUAAUUUUAUCUUUUUUUGAUCCCCAGAGGAGUAAGGAUAAGAGUUGCUUCCAAGUAGUGUCAAAAGUAAAAUUGCACAGUAAAUUAUUCUGUUGCUUAAGGGCAUGAAAGAUGUAUUAGACAAUGCUUUUAUCUUUCAAGGCACUCCCAACCCUAAUAGUCCAUGACUCAUCUGUCCUCAGUAGUGUAUGUAAACAUGUAUAUCUGCUUAGUGAAAUAAGUAGGUCAAUGAAUCUGAAAAAAUUCCACAUAUUUAUAAAUAGAUAAGAUCAUGUCUAAAGUAUGAUGUUCUGAGGUUGCAGUCUGUCUGUCAGACUUGUAUUUGAGAGAUGGAUAGAGAUGUGCAAUUACUUCAUGGUGAUGGACUGUUACUUAUUUGAAUGGAAGAAUUGUUGCAGUAGCAUGUGAUACUUAUGCAAUAUGGUGAUGGGGCAGCAGGUGUUUUCUGAGACUAGUUAAAUUGGGAGGAGACCAAUACCUAGCUAAAGUUGGGAGGAGAGUGGAGCAGAAUCUGAUGCUGAAAAAGUACAGGCUUUUAACAUUCUUCAUUGUAAAACUAUGUACCAAAUUACAUAUGACUGAAUUUUAUAGCACAGCCUCAGUAUCCUGGUCUGCAUAAUGUUAACCCAUAUUUAAUGGUUAACUAUAGUUUAACAUGAAUUAGCACUAUCCACUGAAAGUCCCCACUUUGCUCCUUCCCUUUUGUGUACUGAGAGCAGCAAACUGAAGUGCUUGGUUUGUCAUUUAUGUGCAAACCUGGACUUGUGACUUACUUCCCCUGCCCCCGGCAAACAAAUGAUGUGGGUAAGCCAAGGACAAACAUUUUCUACUGUUUGUAGUUUGUCUAAACAGACACUCUAAAUAGAUGACUCUUGAUGGCCCUGUGGAAAUGAGCCAGUUAUAAUGCUAGACUGUUCUUCCCAAGAGGUUGUUCUUUAGACUGCUGAAGAACACUUGCCAAACAUUUUGUACUGAUCGCGGAACAUUUAAUGGUUGCAGAACAGAGUGCAGGGUCAUAAAUGUUGACCUCAGAACAUGAUACCAUACGUUUCGCUCCAUAAGACGCACCUGACCAUAAGACUCACCUAGUUUUUAGAGAGGGAAUGCAGGGGGGGGGGAAUUCUUUAAAGGGAGCGCUGAGCAGAGCCUGUAUGCAUCCCAGGCUCUGCUCAGCGCUCCCUUUAAAGAGCCGCGUGGAGCGUGUGUGUGGCGCUUGCAGGCUUUUCCCUGAGGAGGGAGAAGGGCAACUCGUCACUGACGGGCUGCCCUUCUCCCUCCUCGGGGAAAAGCCCCCAUGAGCCGCACACACACUCCGUGCGGCUCUUGGGGGCUUUUCCGGGAGGUGGGGGAAGGGACUGAGGAGCUAUCCCAGAAGCCAGAACAGCAAGAGGGAGCGCUGCGCAGCUGUUCUGGCUUCUGGGAUAGCUGUUCAGCUUGCAUUCGCCCCAUUUAGGAGGGAAAAAGUGUGUCUUAUAGAGCGAAAAAUGCUGUAAGUUUUAUAUGGGAGACUUCAGGAGAAAAUUGUUUUUCAAAAACCCUGUUAUGUGUGUGUAUUAGCGUGCUGUGCUUUUAUUUGGUUGAAUGUGGUGUUUUAUAGAUGAUAUAUUAUCUUACUCAACUUGUAAACCUUUUUGAUAAUCACAAAUAGAUUUUUUUUUUAAAACUGAAGGAGGAAAUAGGGAUAUUUUAUUAUGAGUACUACAAUGGUUUCUUGGUUCCUGAAUGGCUUCUUUGUCGAACAGAUCGGCUCCUGAACGCCGCAAACCCAGAAGUAAAUGUUCUGGUUUGUGAACGUUUUUCAAAAGCCAAACAUCUGACGUGGCUUUUGAGUUGAAGAAGCUCCUGCAGCCAAUCGGAAGCUGUCCCUUGGUUUUCGAACAGUUUCAGGAGUCGAACGGACUCAUGGGACGGAUUAAGUUUGAGAACCGAGGUACCACUGUAGUUGGAAAGCUGUCAUUUAUGCCAAAGCAGGUUUUGAAAAGGCAUUUGAAGGAAGAGAGGUGGUGCCAUGUAGGUAUUCAGCUACUGAAUUCCAGUUUAAGGGCUGAAUAGAGAAUUGGCAGAAGGUGGUAGAAAAAGUAUCUUGAUAGGUUACAGCGACAAUCCUAUGCACAUUUUCUUGAGGGUAAGUGUCAGGAUUUACUUUGAAUUUGAGUAAACAUGCAAAUCACUCCUCCACCUUUGUCAUACUUGGUAGAAACAAAGAUAGGCCACUAAUUUCCAUUAUAUAUGUGGAAAACAGACUGAGAUAAAUGGCAUGCCCAGUAAGAUUAUGAGUGAGUUUGGAUAUUAAUGUUAGUGACAUAAAGAAGGCUUAAAAUAAAUAAAUCAUGUCAGCAAGCAAAAUAUAGGCACAACAUUUCAGUAUUUUAGAAGAUUCCUAAAUACUUGAAGUUCUUUUCUUUACAUUUGGGAUUAGUGAUGAGUUGACAGUGCAAAUGUACUCUCUGCUUAUAAUGUAAACAGCAUACUUUAUUACACAUUUGACUUGAUGAUGCUGUAAGCAUUCUUGAUAAUAGAGAUUAGUUGUAUCUUCCAUCUUUUCCAAUGUAUACCAAUUUGGAGAGGAGUAUAUCUUUAAUAAUGGUAUGUAUUUUUGUUGUUUUUACUUACAUAAUGAGAUAUGCAGCUAAAUAGUUGCCUGUUUAGUAAAAAUGUUUGUGUAUAAAAAUGUUUCUGAUUCCACAUCCUGACCUAUAGUUUACUUCUCUCUCCAUUUACUUCAUUGGAUGCAUUCUCUUUAAUUCAUUAACACUCUAGCCUAUUACCACCCCUCUCUUGCUUCACUCUGUUUUAUUUUUAAAUUGCAGAAAACCCUUAGAUAUUUAGAGAAUAAGGCACCUGAAUUUUUUCUAGUCUGGUAUAUAGUAAAAUUUAUCUAGUGACUUGACGGUAACUACUGGUAAGAUUUUCUUCCUUCUCUAUGUAUCCAUUUUCAUAAUAAGCAAUAAGAAAUUAAAAUACUGUCACCUUAUUUAGGUAUCAUGCUUAGGUAUCAAGCUUUGGACAAUUAAUUUUCCAGUGCUUUAUUUUUGUGUGGAAAGUUUUCUAUUUGCUAGUUAUUUAAUAACAAUGAAUGGAUGGCAACUGCAAAUACAAUAAUAGGCAUGGUUGGUAUUCAAUGGUUUUAGCUCUGUUUAUAAAUACCAGGGAAAUAAACAUGCUAAAUUAGAUCACUCUCUAGUGCAUCUGAAAAUUUCCCAAUGCUAACUGAAUUUUUAAAAUAUAAAUUAGUGAGAAAACCCACAUGGCUGCAUUUUUUUCAGACAGUUAAUAUGUAACUUGACAAAUGUAGUGGCAUGUGGAAAGUAGUGUUUCUUCUGUAGUCUUUUUAUUAGUGGUGUUUGAGUCUCUUUGAAUAAGAAGGAAAUAAUUAAUUUUUGGUUCCCUCAGGUCUGUUUAUAUAUAAUGGUUGCAUUAAUACAAUAAACAUAAAUUAAUAUUGAACUUCAAGAAUGAAUUAAUCUCCACUCAUUUUCAAAUGUGAAAAUACAUAAUGAACUGGAAAAAUGUUACUCUCCUAUCUCACCUAGCUGCAAGUGAGACACCAGGAAAGGUAUGCAGCUGAGUAUCAAGACACAUCCCAGUAGCUAUGGUACGUCAUGAAUCUAGGCAAUGAGGCUUAGCUACCCACUUGUUAACUCUGCUGUCUUUUAAUAUUUAUCACCUGCACUAUAUUGGUAUGUCCAGAUGAAUGAGGAAGUUAGUGCAAAAUAUUGAAUAGUCCUUCCUUGAAUAGGAAAUUGUAUACCUGAGGCCCGUCCUUUACCUGCCUUUCUCCAUGCACAGCACAUCAAAAUACUCUAGCACUGGCUUGCCAAAACAUGCUAUUGUUUUCCUCUUGUUUUGGCUUCAUUGCUGUUUCUUCCACCUUUAUUCUUAUCCAUCAGGAUGCCAAGAUUCCACAUUGCAGGCAGCAAAAUCUUACACAAAGUUCCCACAAGUUUGCACUAAAAUGACACAAAGUUGUACGUUCCGCCUAUUGUGAUCUAUUAUGGCUGCUCCACCAAGUGCUUUCAGAUUGCUGUAGUUUCUGGUUCUGGAGGCCUGGCAAGGUCCAGAUUAACAGAAGGUUCUAUCUUCAACUGGAAAAUAUAUUUAAAAAAUAGACUUCCAGUAUUAUACAGGCUGGAUAUGAGAAACAAUGUCAUUGAGCAGUUAUGUCAGAGGUGCAGUUAUUUUGUCUGUUCUUACACUAUGUAUGAAAAAUUAAACAUUGUUUCCCUGAAGUUGUAAUGAUCACACUGGGGAGAAAAGCAUAAAAAUAAUACUUUGUUCAAUAAAUGUAGGAAUAGAAGAAUACCAAGUUGUCCUGUAACAAAAUGUUGCAGUGCACUCCCAGCUCCUAACAGGAGUGCUGUUUCAGCUGCCAACCCUGAACCUGGGAGUGUUUUGUUUUUUUCAAAAAAUCUUUUGGUGUACAGUUUUCUGUUACUAGUGCAUACUUACAGGAUACUGUGAACUGGUAUAGGGACUAAAAAAAUAUGCUUUCCCUUCUUUGUUGCUUUUCAAAUAGUUUUUUGAUCCACCUCUUAUCUGCAAUAAAACAGUGCACUACAGUCAUACCUCAAGUUGCGUCGGCUUCAGGUUACGUCUUUUCAAGUUGCGCCCUGUGGCAACCCAGAAGUACUGGAACAGUUACUUCCGGGUUUCGCCACCCGCGCAGAAGUGCUAAAUUGUGCCACACGCACAGACGCAGCACUUCUGAAUGUGAACGCUUCGAGUUGCAGGCAUGCCUCUGGGACGGAUUACGUCUUCAACUCGAGGUUCCACUGUACAUUGGACUGUUGUCAGUCCCUCUUUCAUAGUCAAGUUUCCCCAGCCUGCACUAUGAGUAUAAUAUUAAUGGUAUUGAAGUGGCAUUUUAAAAACGUUUUAAAACUCUUAGUAAUUAUUUUGGGAGAUUAAAUAAAAAUUGAGUUAGAAAUGGUUGCUACCUUUUGGUGUGUGUGAGGGGGAAUGUGAACACAGUGAUGUACAACCACAGCUACACUAGAAUCCUUGAUUUCUCUAGGCAGCGAUAAUUCUAUCCUGGAGGAGGCAAAACUGCUCAGUUUGGAUCAAGAAGUUACUUCUCCGGAUAAUAAAUUACUUUAGCAUUUUCUUCUGUGCUCUCCAGUGUUCUGUAGGUUGUAGAAGUUCAUGGUGCCAUUUUUCCAGCAUAAUUUUUUUUUCCUAAUCUGCAGUCUUACAGGCUUCUUCAUAUUUAGGUUGUCCCCCAAGAAUGCAGAACUUCCUCCCCACCUUAUAUUUGCCUGGCAACAUGUCACUCAUUUGAGCUCACUUUUAUUAAGUUGUGAUGUGUUUACAUGAUGAAGUAGGGCUUCUUUAUUAAUAAUGGUCAUGUUGACAUGACUAAUUGUGGAUUUUCUUUUCUAGAGAAAUCUCGUAUAUGGAUAAGCCUGAUAGUGAUGUUGAAACUGGAAAAAAGCUGCUGUAACCAAAGACAGGAUGAGUCGGCUGUUAGACGAUCAAGAAAAUGCCCAUGGCAGCAGUCUGAGCUCUCAUCCUUCUUUACGGGAUGUUCAUUCCAUCAACCCAGCACAGCUAAUGGCAAGAAUUGAGUCUUAUGAAAGCAGAGAGAAAAAAGGCAUUUCUGAUGUCCGAAGGACUUUCUGUUUGUUUGUCACCUUUGACCUCUUGUUUAUAACCUUGCUGUGGAUAAUAGAGUUAAAUGUGAGUGUCUUUCAAACUGUACUUCUGACAAAAGGUUGGAUCCAGAAUAGUGAGCUUCUCUAGUCUUUGCUAAAUUAGUAUCUUGAAACUGAAUUUUAUUUAUGAGUUGUAACAAACAAAAUGAACCAGUUCAGCAGUGUAAGAUUGCACUGAAUUUUUCAACCAUUUCUGGAAGGUAUUUCACUCUCAGUUCAGAUGAGUAAGAAUGUCCAGAAUAAUAAAUAAGAACAUUUUGCAUUCGACUGUGAAAUAUAAUUGAAACAGUAAUGUUAAGAUGCAGAUUACAUCAUGGCUUACCAGUGUUGUGCCCAGUGCUUUUUUUCUAAAAAAAAGUUUAGGGGUACUCUCAUUUUCGUACCCAUAUUGAAAUACUCCCCCUCAAUGAGGCCAAACUUAGAUUCACAAAAUGUUUAGUGGUAUGCAUACCCAGCACGCCCCCCCCCCCCAGAAAAAAGCACUUGUUGUGCCCAAAGAGGUCUUCUCUGGCAACCACAGGAUCCUUCCCCUGAAAUUAUGCUUGAACAAAGUAUUCUAUUCUAGCCAAUUGAAGGAUUGGGGAUUUGUGUGGUGACUGGGACUGAUGGGAAUUGUAGUCCCAAACAGCUGGGGGUAACAGGUUGGGGAAGGCUUGUCUAAACUGUAGAAUAAACAUUUUCCAACAGCCUUUGAUGUUGACAGAAUGGCCUGGAUCCAACAAAUUGUGAGCAGAAAAAGGCUUUUGCACUCUGCCCCUGAAAAGUGAGGCUGGAAGGUUAGAGGGACUUAUGGGAAAAGAGUGAACAGAUUAGAUACGGAGGAGGAGGUUGGCAUGAAUUGCAGCUACAGAUCACCUAUGUAAGCAGAGAUGGCUUCAGUUUGUGCUAGGUUCCGUUUGGGUACAACCUGCAUUACUACCUUCAGUAUAAGUGCUCAAGUAGGCUGGUACUCCACCAUGUUCCUACAUAUCAGAGUUUUCAUCAGGGAGCCACCAUGAUGCCAGAAUUUUAUGAAUUUCUGUUCUGUAAACUCUCUUGGAUUAUAGAUUCAGGUAGGUAGCCGUGUUGUUCUGACACAGUCGAAAUAAAUUUAAAAAAUUAAAAAAUUGUCCAGUAGCACCUUAGAGACCAACUAAGUUUGUUCUGGGUAUAAGCUUUUGUGUGCAUCUGAAGAAGUGUGCAUGCACAUGAAAGUUUAUACCCAGAACAAACUUAGUUGGUCUCUAAGGUGCUGCUGGCCAAUUUUUAAUUUUUAUUUAUUUAUUUCUCUUGGAUUAGUUGGCUAUAAAUCUGUAGCCUUUAUAACCAGUGCUGCUUUGUAAGAGCCUAGUAAUUUAAAUGUUGGGUACGCAGUAGGCCAACUGCUCAUACAAGAGCAUGGUGUGUUUGUGAAUAAUUGAAAAUUUGGCUUCAUAACCAGCCUAAAGGUAAAGGGACCCCUGACCAUUAGGUCCAGUCAUGGCUGACUCUGGGGUUGCGGCGCUCAUCUCGCUUUACUGGCCGAGGGAGCCGGCGUACAGCUUCCGGGUCAUGUGGCCAGCAUGACUAAGCCGCUUCUGGCGAACCAGAGCAGCGCACAGAAACACCGUUUACCUUCCCGCCCGAGUGGUACCUAUUUAUCUACUUGCACUUUGAUGUGCUUUCGAACUGCUAGGUUGGCAGGAGCAGGGAUCGAGCAACGGGAGCUUACCCCGUCACAGGGAUUCGAACCGCCGACCUUCUGAUCAGCAAGUCCUAGGCUCUGUGGUUUAACCCACAGCGCCACCCGCGUCCCAUAACCAGCCUACUCAUUUGAUAAAAAUAUGCAAGGAGUAUUGGAAAAGGCUCUUUAUUUAUUUACCUAGGUAAGAAAGAGGUGUGGAAGAAGUUUGAUUUUGUCUGCGAACAACACUAGGAUUUUUUUUAUAUGAGAACUUUCAGCCAGUUAGCUUGCUAUACCUGUACAUGUAUUAAAGCAAAUAUACUAAGGGAGCAUUGAAUCUUUCUACAUAGUUUGUAUAAUCUGUCUGUAACCAGCAGCAAUUAAACCAAUUCAUACUUUGUUAUUAAAUCUAAACGGGGGCCAAUCUGUGGGUUUGGGGCACUCUGAAGUAGGAAUGCAUUGCAGGGUGGGGAGUUCGGUUUUCCCCUCUGUGCUGUUUUCCUGAUUAAAAAUGCUCUCCUUUCUCCUUCUUUGGGCGCACAGACAUUUUCUCUAAUGGAGCAAAAAGCAGGGGAAAUGUUAAAAGAAUGAAUGAUAUCUGAUACCCCCACCUUCCACUCUCAUAAAUUCUGAUCAUAGAACUCCAGCAUCUCAUCUAACAUUUGGUUCUGGAUUAAAACAGUUUAGCAAAGUAUUUAUACUGUAUAUAAAGUUCCAGGAAUGCAUUUCCCAGCUAGUAAUCUUACUUGGCAUUUCUGUAGUGUUUUAGAGUACAUCUUAUACAUUCUCUGUCAUCUUAAUAACAACCAAACUGACAGGGCUAUGGUGUUAUCAUUGUUUGGUAGAAGUAGCUAAGGCUGAGAAAGUGGUUCACCUAAAGCCACCUCCUGAGUUGCUGGCUGAGGGGAAAUUGGAAUGUGGACUUCUGCUUGCAUGGUUAGCACUGUAUGACACUGGCUCAGAGGACUGGAUAUAUCUUGGUGGGCUGCUUCAGCGUGUAUAAUUGCAUUGUAAUUCCCCCCCUCUUUUUUUUACAAAUUGGAAAAUGGUAUUGCUUCCUUUAAACUUUACUUUUCACCUAAUUCAUAAAUUAUUAAAGACAAAACACUUUUCUGCUAAAAUUGGAAUAAAUUUGACAGAUACAAAGUUAAAAACCCUUAGGUCCAUUUCCUGUUAAUGACUUCUAAUUGCAUGUUCCAGUGGUAGCUGGCAAGUGAUCUUUAUUUUACAUUGUGAUAAGUUUCUGUUCACAGUAGUUGAUUUUUGGUAGAAGUCUUGAACUGCUUUGUUAAUGCAUCUGGUUACACAACAAGUCUGUGUUCACUUGCAUGGCUGUAAAUUGCCAUAAUUAAGAGAAUGGUGUUGAAAGUGGUGAAUUGUGUGUAUACAUGGCAGGCCUUUCCUUCUUUCUGAUAAGCAAAGCACUAAUAUUUGUGACCCUUUCAUAUGAGAUUCAGCCUUGGAUCUCUAGUAUGAUUGAAGUUAAAAUGCCAGGGUGGGCGUAUUCCGGGGGUGAUUUGUGCUGCUUAUACAGUAGUCUGCUUGAUCAAAAAGGGUAAUGGAACUGUGAACUUGUAUUCACAUUUGCAGCUCUUAUUCCAUGGAAGUAAAAAUCUUGUUGCAGUUUUUCUUUGCAUGGAAAUGGAGCUGUGACUCAUGUGUUUGUGGCUCCCAUCUUACAUCGCUCCUGUGAGUAGACCAUAGCUGUCAACUUACAGAUUUGAAAAUAAGGGACCAGCAGCCUUGAAAAUAAGGGACCAGCCGCCAAAAUAAGGGACCUGCAGCCUCACCUGUUCCAGGCACUUCAGUCUUCCUGUCCUCCUGCAGUCUGGUCAAACUCAUUCUGGUAGCUUCAAGAACACUGUCCAACCAACUUUGUAACCAGAGGUUCAACUGAAUAGAAUCUGAAUCACAUGCACCACAAGGCCUAUGCAGCCUCAACUUAAGAUGGCUCCCUGGCCUGGCUUUGCACUGCAAAGUUUGCAGCAGCACGUGCAACAAAAUGGCAUCCAGCAUUCAAAAACCCCCUCAGUUUGCAUUAACUAGCCACACACAAGGCAUGCAAGCUCCACCCCCCAGUCGUUCUUAGACUUCUUAUUGGGUGAGCAACACAGCCAAGCAACACAGUUGGAGCCUCCCUCCUCCCUGGCCGGCAGGGAGGGAGGGAGAGGAGCUGCUUCCUUUGAAAUUUAAGGGACAUCAUUUAAGGGACAUCCAUCAAUAAGGGACAGCAGCCGGACAUGGCGCUGGAAUAAGGGACUGUCCCUUCAAAUAAGGGACACUUGACAGCUAUGGAGUAGACUGCUUGCACGAGUCUCUUUGGUUUUAUUCUCAACUUGGUUCUGCUAUAUUGUUAGGACCCAAGUGAUUUAUUGUAUGUAUGUUUUGAAUUGCUUUGUACCAUGUGGUUUUGGUUUUUGAAAAGGAGAACCACAGAACUCUGCUGAAGUGCUUUCAAAAAUUGAAAAUUAAUUAUGUUAAUAGCUUGAUCAAUUCUGUUUUCUGUAGGUAAAUGGAGGCAUUGAGAAAACAUUAGAAAAAGAAGUCCUCCAGUAUGACUACCAUUCUUCGUACUUUGAUAUCUUCGUAAGUAUUUGCUUCCUGUGUCUUAAUUCUGUUUUACAGUGGUACCUUUACAUAUGCUUCAGGUUACAUACGCUUCAGGUUACAGACUCCGCUAACCCAGAAAUAGUACCUCAGGUUAAGAACUUUGCUUCAGGAUGAGAACAGAAAUCGUGCUUUGGCGGUGCGGCGGCAGUGGGAGGCCCCAUUAGCUAAAGUGGUGCUUCAGGUUAAGAACAGUUUCUGGUUAAGAACAGACCUCUGGAACGAAUUAAGUUCUUAACCUGAGGUACCACUGUAUUAGUAAUUAUAAUGUAAAGUAGUCUUGUGAAAUUUGCCUGAAGUGGAUACCUAAAAUUGUUUCUAAGAGUGGACAGGAUAUUUGUCAAUUACACUCUCAGAAUUUUCUUAUUCUUAAUGAAGUUUCUAUCCACUUGAAGAAGAAACACUGCUCAGCAGUAUUGCUCAAAUGCAGUUCCAGUGACUUCAUGAAAACGAAAGGAGGAGAACUGUAAAAUCAGUGUGUCACACAGAAAAUUGUUGUUGUCUAGAUUGUGCAGAAAUCACUUACAGUAGUACCUCGGGUUAAGUACUUAAUUCGUUCCGAAGGUCCGUUCUUAACCUGAAACUGUUCUUAACCUGAAGCACCACUUUAGCUAAUGGGGCCUUCUGCUGCUGCCGCGCCGCCGGAGCACAAUUUCUGUUCUCAUCCUGAAGCAAAGUUCUUAACCUGAGGUACUAUUUCUGGGUUAGCGGAGUCUGUAAGCUGAAGCGUAUGUAACCUGAAGCGUAUGUAACCCGAGGUACCACUGUGUAUAAUUUUAGUUUCUGAUUAUUAUUAUUUUGUUCCUUUAAAAAAUGUCCUUAAUGCCUUUUUCUCUCCCUCCUCCUUCCUCUCUAGCUCCUGGCAGUCUUUCGGUUUAUGAUUUUGAUACUUGCAUAUGCAUUGUGUAGACUUCAACACUGGUGGGCAAUAGCUGUAAGUAGUAGACUUCAAAUUAAAUUUAAAAGUUGGAAGAUUUUGAAAAAGGGUAUUUAGAUGAUACGGUGUGUGAGAUGUAGCUCUCGUGUUCUACUUGCAUUUGCACUAGCUAACAAAAAGAUUUCCUCUUGCAUAACUCUUACAAUGUGCAAAUUCAUGUCAGUGGAGAAGGGACUUAGUUAGCCAUGACUACCAGUUAUGUGCAAGAUAGGCAUCAACUUUGCCCAACUCUUUGUGUUAAAGAUUUGUUUUCUGAGGAAUUUGAAGAGAAAUUGUAUGCUUAGAUUGGUUGCAUUUACUUUCACAAGGUGGGAAUGCAUAUAGUAUAUUGCAAAUUACACAUGCUUUCAAAUGGUGAGCAAAGUUCUGUGGGUGUCCUGUGGAUGCAAAUUUCUCUGUUGGGAAACUCAGAAGUAUGGAAAGUAUUUUUUAAUCUUUGGCCAAUACCAUUUAGGACACAAUCCAAACACAAGAUCUUCCAGAAUGAGCAAGUUUAGAGUAGGAAGCUCUUGCGCUGAGCUGGGACUCCGUUGGGGCUAUGCUUACUUAAAUUCCCGCAUCCCAACUCAGCUGGGGCUCAGCUGUUAGAACUUAAGCUGAAGGAAGCUGCAAAAACGUGACACUGCGGGUGCAAUGAGGAGAGACUUUUCUAAAACUUUCAGCUCAGUCGUUUGACAUAGCAACUUGGUGGAACUUAUCACUGGCAAAAAUGAUGUUAUAAUUCAAACUAUUUUAAAGGCCCAUUUCUCUUCUGCCAGGCUUAGGCUGGCUCAGCUGGCAGUAGUCCUGCCCCUGAAUGGAGCUUGUAGUAGGGGUAAUUUAAACCGUCUGAAUUUAAGUCAGAGUAAAUUCUACCAGCUUCCUAUACUUAGUAGGAUUGCUCUGCCCAUUUAUUAAACACCCUGUGGCCAUAACAUUAGCAAACAGUGAGAUUGCUGAGUAUUGCUUAGAGCUUAAUGAGGACAAUUGUAGUUAUGUGGUUAACUGUUAUGGUGUCGUGCUAUGGAUUGCAAAAGUAAUUUGUUGCUUUCAUAACUCUUAAUAUUUAUUUCAGUUUACAACAGCAGUAACCAGUGCCUUUUUAUUAGCAAAAGUAAUUCUGUCCAAGGUAUGGAUUAUAACAGUGAAUUCUAAUUUAUAUCAUGUAACUGUUUUGUUGUGAGAUGUUUUGACAUAACUUGUUCUCUCUCCUCUUCAUGUAUCCCCUUUAAGCUAUUAACUCAAGGGGCUUUUGGCUAUGUAUUGCCCAUCAUAUCUUUCAUUCUUGCCUGGAUUGAAACCUGGUUCCUAGACUUCAAAGUUUUACCACAAGAAGCAGAAGAAGGAAACAGUAAGUUUCUUUACAGUGCAGUUAGCAGUUGCCCCAGGAAGCGUCUUUACUUUAUAAACAGAAGGAACUUCAAGUACACAAUAUUCUUACAUAGGGCUUGAGGGAGAGUGGUAUCCACAGAGUAAAAUUGUUAUAAUGACUUUCCCUGAAAUACAUUCAUACAAGAAAGACAUUUAAAGAUUAUUGCUGUUACUGCUCUUUUUAAGGGCUGUACACUGAAUUCAGAUGAGACCCAAAUCCCAAACCAAAGGGAUUCAGGCCUUGGAUGAGUUGGGUUGAGAUAGCCACAUAUCACUGUGAGUCAGAUUUGUUGACUUAGGGAUCCAGCGCUGUCAGGGUAUCAGGCAUAAAUAAGAGACAAGGCAUGGCAUUUUCCAUGAAAAGGCUGAGAUCUACCUGACCUCCAAUUGUGUCUUCCCAGGAGAAGGUAGGAGCCUGAUGCCACCUGACUCUCCUUCCUGCCGUACACCCUACCCUGAAGGGAUUGAUGCCUCCACUCAACAGCUUUUGUGCGGCAGGAACAAUCUUGAGCAGUGCAGGGUGUUCCUUUGCAGGGUGGCUUCCCUGCAGAUAAAUAACUUGCAAAGCUGCACCUCACAGGAUUGAAGCAUCUUUCCUGUGUGCUUCUUUGGAAUCAGAAGCUGCUUGCAAAGGGCCACCCUGUAGAAUUGAUCCCCCAUUAAAAUAACCAAAGCCCCAAAUAAACAUUGCCAUGUCCCCAAACUAAUUUGGGACCCGUAUCUCGGGGUGGGUUGGCCUGAUUCCCCCCCCCCAUUGGAGCCGCAGAGAAAUUGGGGGACUGUGCACAGCCCUAGAUUUUAAAAGCUGGACACUUCCUUUGAAAGAUACUGUAGUCAUGGAAUGCUUUCAUUUCCUUUUAGGACUACUGUUGGUACAGGAUGCCUCUGAACGAGCUGCUCUUAUUCACUCGGGACUCCCCUCUGAUGGACAGUUCUAUUCCCCACCUGAAUCUGAAGCAGGUACUGAGGUUUUUCAUCAGAUCAAGAUAAUGCAUGGCACUUUAGGGAUUGAUUUUAUUCAGAUUUCAAUUGUCUCAUUCUUUUUGAUUACAGUGGUACCUUGGUUUACGAACUUAAUCUGUUCCGGAAGUCCGUUCUUAAACCAAACGUUCUUAAACCAAGGCGUGCUUUCCUAUAGCAGCGGGGGACUCAGUUUACAAAUAGAACACACUCUGCAGGAAGCGAACCAUGUUCUUAUUCCAAGGCAGAGUUCACAAACCAAAACACCUACUUCCGGGUUUGCAGCGUUCUUAAUCCAAGUUGUUCAUAAACUAAGCUGUUCUUAAACCAAGGUUCCACUGUAUAAAUAUUAAAUAUUGUAGUCAAAAAAACUUGAAGGCCUGCAGUCAGAAUAAGUUAAUUUAAAAGUUGGCACCUGCAUUUAUUUAUGAUAUUUGUACAGUAUCCUGCAUUUCAACCAGCCAUUACAAUACUAGUUCAAUAAAAUAUCCAAAUAUCCAAAAAUCCACAACCAUAAUAAAAUACUGAACUAGAGUCAGUAAUGAUUAAAGCAAAAUCUGUAAGGUCUAGAAAAAUUAUCUGACGUCUACUGGGAUCAAGUGCUAAUACUGGAUUCAAGUACUUUUGCACAAAAUGCAUAGUUAAACUGACUAUUUGCAGGCACAGAAUGUAAUGAUGGAUUUAAAAGGGAAUUAAAGACAGAUUUAGUGAGGGAAAGUAUGGCUCCAAGUAGAGAUGUAACAUUUCUGGAAAUUUUGAAGCCAUGAGAAAAAAAUGUCGUCCCCGUUUCCCCCCAGAAAAAAAUUUUUUUUUGGGGGGGGGGAGUUCAGUGUGGAGUAGUUUUACAAAUUGUGUGAAACACAGUGUAUAUAAAAGUACUAUGCUUGCAUUAAAACAGGUAACCACCCUCCUUUCCCUCAAAAGCAACAGAAAAGCAAGAAACCAUCAACAUAAAUAAUAAUCAGAUUAUCAGUAUUUAAGCUCCAUAGAAGCUCUACCUUUUGAGUAGUGCUUUAAAAAAACCAAACAGAAGACAAAACAUAUACAUGCAGUUUAUUCUCUCUCAUUUUCUGAACUACUAUCGUUUUCCAUUUCUUCUUCCUCUUCCUCUUUGUUAUUUUUCUCAUGGACUUCUAAAAAAAACAGCUUUGGGAAAAAACAGGAAAAACCUGCUUUUUCUGGGGGGUUUUCUAGGCCUUCCCAUCUCUACUUGAGGACAGCCGGGGCACAGCGUAAGGCAAUUUUUUUGCAUGUCAGGCCCGGAAGGAACCAACAUCCAGUUACUGAAUAGUAUGUUGCACUAAGGCUCCAACUCUGAAAGGAAAAGGAGUGUGUGUGUUUUUAAAAUUGAAUUUGUUAUUAAUAUGUUAUAAACCACAUGAUGGUAAGAGAGCUUUCUAAACAGUUUACAAAAAUAUACAACACAACAUUAAAAUGAUUGAUAAAACACAGUUAAAAGCAAGUAUUUAAGAGUAUUCAAAAGAUGAUUAAAGUCAACAGUGGUUAAAAGGAAGUAAAUCGCAUGCAGCUUCUACGUGUUCAGAUGGGCUGGCACUAACGAAAAUGUUUUGAGCAGUUGCCGGGAAGAGUACAGUAAGAGCACCUGCCUGGUGUCAGUUGGCAGGGAGCUCCAAAGUGUGGGUGCUGGAAGGCCUGGAAAAAAACAGAAAAAAUUGAGGGUGGGGGAAGGUUUUCCCCGUUCCCCCCCAGCCAUUUUUUAAGGAAAAAUGGGGGGGGGGGAAUAGUGUGUGGAAUAUUCAAAGUAUAUCUAUUUUUUUCUAUUUUUCUGGAAAAAAAUGGCUUUGGAAAAAAUGGGGGAAAACCUGGUGUCCCCCCCCCCCCAUUUUUCCGGUUUUUUUCCAGGCCUUUCCAUCUCUUUUCCUGCUCCGAAGGGCUUACAAUCUUUAAUUUGACACAGGGAGGGAACAGAGGAAGGUUGAGGUCUAGGAUGUAUCCUGAGUCCUGCUGCGAGACAUAAGCCAGGGUCUGUGAGUUUAGACUUUGGGAUUCCCGGACAUUUCCUAUCUGUAUCCUCUUCCUCCCUUUUUGCAAUAGGGUAAUUAAAGUGAUUCUGUUAGAAUUUCCAAGUGAAUGUCAAGCAGGGAGGGAGGGGGGAAGAGAGAGAGUGGAAUUCUGGUGGAGACAGAAGGUUGGAGGAGGCUUAGAAAGGGAGAGGAAUGUUGGGCGGGGGGGAGGUUGUUGAGAGUCGGUUGAGAGCAGUGGGUUCUAGAAGGGGGGCAGUUGGUGGGGGACAUGAAGCUGGGCUGGGCAGCUCUUCAGCAUCAGUAGUAGGAUCAAGUGUGCCUAUCAGUGACCAUGAGAAGGAACUCUGAAGGUAGGAGCAGCUCUGAGACCCAGAGGAGAUGAGUGCCAUAGAAAUAUUAUUAUUAUUAUUAUUAUUAUUAUUAUUAUUAUUAUGCAUCACUGGUGCAUGUGGCUUGGCUCCCUGGCUUGACUUGUCCACAGAUGUUGAAAGCUUGGCAGGUCCUCAGCUGUGGUCCCCCCAGAUUAUAUUUUCUGUUGUGAAUAUCUGGUUGCUUACAAGGUUGAACCAUAUGGCCUUUCCAUGCCUUUAUUUUCUUUACUCUAAGGCUGUGUUCACAUCACAUCUUGAAAUCACAGGGUCGUUCCAUUAAAAUGGCAACAUACACACUCAUUGAUCCUAAACACGUUCUAGAUCUUUUUAAAGAGAAUUUCCCAAAGUUUCAGGAUCUUGCCCCUGUGUGGAAUGGGUUUCAACAGGAAGGAGAUUAUACAUUAAUUGAAAUUUAUUCCUCCAGACACCCACAAAUGUGAGCUGAACAGAGUUUUAAAAUCCCCUCUUUAGCAGCAAAACCAAGGAGUUAGGCUGCGAAACCUUGUUUGGAGCAAGUUCACUUCAGAAAGAAUCAGGCAGCAAGCUGAGAAGUUUAAAAAUACGCCAUGUUUUAUUAUCAUGCAUUGAUUCACAGCAACAGUAGCGGUAAAAACUGCAGGCAAAAUACUGUUCUGGAUUUGCAGGGGACACCCUGAAACCUGGAGAUUAAUAAAUGGUAGAAUUUUAAGGAUUUGAAGUAUUGAAGGGAAGAUUGGAGGUCAGUGAGAAAGAGCAGGCUCCAAUUUCUUUCCAAGCCAGGGCCUCACUUGGGAUAGAGACAGAAACAUGCCAAAAGGGGUUGAUGGCCCAUCGGAGAGCCAGGGAGAGAGGCCUUGGACUCCAGGGCUGCCCUGCUGUGGAGAACAAGCCCCUCUUGACAAGACCCUGCUGUCAGAUAUAGAUUCCCUCAUGCAGACGGAAAGUGGCAAUAGGAGAAUAAAGCAUAUUUCUUGGAGCUCCGACCGUCUCUGUUUCUCCGGUCUCCCAAGGAACAUGGACCCUGGGUGAGUGCCUGGACCCCCCUGGCGUUGGUUAUGUAAAUGUCAGUUUUGUUUGGCAGCACCCAACUUUUGUAACAAAACUGACAUUUACAUAACCAAGGCCAGGCACAUGCGGAAGAGGCAUGUCUGCAUCCAACAUGGGUCCAAGGAAGAGGGGGGAACAUAAAGUGCACCAUGCUCCUUUCUCUCCAGGAGAGCAGGGAAAAGGACUUCACACAGAGCCCUCUCUGCCAAUUGCAUUUCUAAGGUCCAAGCCCCUGCCUGUCAGCAAUGCAGCUCUGCGGACUUAGCCCUUAUGGAUGGUGUGUACACAGCUUUGGUUUUAAGGGAAAGGCCUCUAGUGGACUUCAGCUUGCACAGGGCAGGAGUGUAGCAAGAUUUAUUUUGUGUUAUUUCUUUGCACCAUCGCUGCGUGUGACCCUUGAGAAAGAGGUUCCUGCCCCGAGGGGGCUUACAAUCUUUAAUUUGACACAGGGAGGGAACAGAGGAAGGUUGAGGUCCAGGGUGUAUCCUGAGUCCUGCUGCGAGACAUAAGCCAGGGUCUCUGAGUUUAGACUUUGGGAUUCCCGAACAUUUCCUAUCUGUAUCCUCUUCCUCUGCUUUUAUUUUCCUGUCUCAUAGCUCCUAAGACAGGUAGGCCGCAAAGGUUCCUGUGGCUCCGUGAAAUGAAAGAAGGGGAGGACACCACAUGUAAAAAUGGUAUUUUGGAAGUUGUGGUAUAUUAAUUCUUGGGGAAUCCAUUACCCUCAUGUGCCAGGAGGUCGUGGCACCAACCUGAGCAAAACAGGGCUGGGGUGGAGGGAGCAGUCCUGGCCUGUCCUUUCGGUUAGGCCGUCGUGUGCCCAGGCAGGAGCAGCGAGCGUCAGCAGCCAGUGGUGACGUGGGCAUGGGCAGCAGUCAGGGUGGCUAUAUAGUGGUACCUUGGUUUGCCAUACAUCUUGGUUUGCAUACGUUUUGGAUUACAAACACAUCAAACCCGGAAGUGCGUGUCCCGGUUUGCAACCUUUUUUUGUAUUACAACCCCUUUGUUUUGGAUUACGAACAUUUUUUUUUUCUUGGGUUACAACCUGUUUUGGUUUACAAACGGACCUCUGGAAUGGAUUAUGGUUGUAAACCAAGGUACCACUGUAUAUUUUACUUUCAGCAUGAAGAGCAGCAUGCCUCUGAACAAGAGCAAGAAAGAAUCAUGCCUUGCUCAUGGGUUUCCUAUAGCCACCUGAUUUGUUGCUAUGGUAAACAAGAUGCGGACUAGAUAGGUUUUGGAAUAACACUGUCAGUUAUGUUUUCAAAUCCUUUAGUAUGCAGAAUGAGCAGCAUUUAGCUAGUGCAUCUUGGUUAGAGAGUAGAUUUUACUUGUUGGGAGGUUGCGUGCGCGCGUGCACGCACACACACACACACACACACACACAGAGAUACUUGUAGGUAAGAAAAUAAUACAGUUGUUUAUUGUUGCAUCAAACAGUUUCUGGUUCUAGUCUAACUAGUCUAGGGAAGAACAAGGCAGCCAUGCUUGCUCCUUUGUUCUCUUAGAGCAGGCCUGUCCAACUGGCCGAUCGUGAUCUACUGGUCGAUUGCAGGCUCCUCCUGAUCAAUCCUGGUUGAUCGCAUGAUCUUCAGCAAUCAACCAAACAAAAACAAAGUUUGAUGAAGCCUCCCCCCAAAAAGCUCAAUAACUCUGGUCAAUCCAAUGGGUAGAUCACUGCCAGUUUAUUUAUAUUGGGAGUAGAUUUCAGUCUCUUGGAAGUUGGACACCCCUGUCUUAGAGAAUAGGUUAAAGAUGACCUCCCAUCUUGAUGUCCGAGAGAAAAGUGCGAGAAGAAAGUUAACAGGGUGCAAGUCUAAACAAGUUUUAAAAGGUUUGCAAAGCAGUCUGCUACCUCUGUGUUCUGUCAUGAAUAUGUAUGUUUGUUAAAUGGGCGGUAUUGGCUAUAUGACUGUCAGUAAUACAGUGAAGUUUGGAUUGUUUUGAGGAAUUGUGAGGAAAUAAAAUUGGAAUUAAUUUUCUUUUAGCCCCAUCUAGUGGUGAGCAAAGAAAGUGAUGAGCAUUAGGCUCUUGGGAGCUUCAGUUACUGCAGGGGUAGGGGACGCAGUUAUGCUGAAACAAAUCAAAGAUCAUUAUUUUGUAACUGUCAUUCUGACUUUGAAGAAACAAUACUUUUUCUAAACGCUAUUUGGUAUACAGAAGGACUGAAGCUGAUUUUCUCUGUAAGACAAUAAAAUUAUUGCAGAUACAUAACUUGAUGCUUGCGUAGAUUUUAAGGGAAUUACUUAACCACUCUCCCGCAAGAGAGAUCAUUGUUCCAUUCUUGGGGGCUGGAAGUGGAUCCCUAUUUUCAUUCUGAACAUAUAGUCAGUUCAGUAUUCUGCCUUGUACUGAGUUUAGCCAUUGGUCCAUCUAUCUCAUGAAUGUCAGUGACUCUGCAAGGUCUCAAGCUGAGAUCCUGUUACUCUUUUACUGUAGAUGUCAGUAGUCGGCAUGUAAAACAUUUAUUAUACUGCUGAGCUAUGUCCUUUCCUCAUCCACUAGUAGAAAAAUCAUUCAGUAUAUUAGGGAUAUUUUUUAAAAAAACCAUGUUUGCCCUAUUCCAGAAACUAGAAUGCUUUUACCAUGUCCAUCUUAAUUUAUAUGUUCAUAAUUCCAAGAAACCCAAAUACUCACAUGACCUGCCUUAUAAAAAUCUAAACUUUUGCAUUUGUAAAUUAGUUAUGCUACUGCAAGGCCAGCUUUUGAUUUAGGGUGCUGCAGGUACAAUAUAUAUCAGUCCAACUCUCUGGCUUUUUUAUUUCACCAUAUAUUUCAUGAGAAUUGUGUGUUGGUUUCAAAUGAGAGGCUGGUGCCAGGAUAUAUUUUUGAGGCUUCAUAAAGUUUGUGCCAGUAAUGUUUCCAGAGAGCUGCUGUUUAUGCAUUCAGAUGGGUUUUUCAAAGAACCAGAGAUUUGCUUUCAAACCAAUCAUAGUGGUGUGCACUUUCAGUGUUUGGUGUAGGGAUAAGGAAAGAAUCCUUAACCCCAUACCAUGGUUUUUGCUGUAGUGGGCUUCUGCAGUAUCUCAUUAAUACGUUAUUUUUCUUUGUUGUGCACAUUCCGUAAGGGAGGGGGGAGGGGAGGCCGCCAGCAAAGCGGCGCGGCUCCCCCUCCCCAGAUAGUAGCCCGGGAGUGUGGGGGAAUGGUACCCGUAGGAUUUUCUUCUACAUUUGCCAUGUACGGGUGUGAGUGCCUGCGGUCUUUUUUUUUCUUUUUUCCUCUUGAAUUUUAAAGGUGCGGCUUAUAUUCAGGCCAGUACGGUAUUUCCCCAUGUUGAUUGAUAUAUAAUGUAAAAAAUUAUCAUUAUGAGCUUCAUUUUGCAUUAUAACUUUUUAUUUGGGUUUUUAAGGAUCUGAUGAAGAAUCUGAAGAAAAACAGGACAGUGAAAAACCUGUUGUAUAGCAAAUAUGACAAAAAAAUAAUAGGUAAGUUCUUACAUUUGAAGUACUGGGUCAACAGUUUGUCCACAAUUUAGCAGCUGUAACCUGCAUGUUCUCCUGCCCCAUGCUGUAUUAUUUAUACAAUUGGCUGGAAGAUUAGACUAUAGAUUGCUAAACCCCAAAUACUACUACAGAACCAAUUUUCACUGUAGCAUUUUGUUUCUGUGCGCUUUACUUGCCCUGUUGAGUAAGAAAAUAAAUUUGUCUUAUAUUGAAGACAUAGAUACAGGUCGUGAGGUUAGGUACAAGAUACAGUUGGGUAUCAUGUAACUACAUAAUUAAGCAGCACAUAAACCUGCUCUUGACUGUACAGUUUCAGCCAGUGGUUGAAUGUUCCUCUAUCCAGCAAGCCCCUGUGCAGAGAAAACAGGUGUGGCUGGGAAAAGGUUCCCUGCUCCUUAACUCCAGUUUCUAAGUGUGGGGGUGUUUCAGUUUUGCUGGCUGUCUUGCAUUUGAAUAUUUGGCUUUCUAUUUCAGAGUGA